AUGACCACCUUGGUAUCGCAUACAGUUGAAAAAACAAAUGCCACCAUUCUUGAUCUCGAGCAUCUGGUCCACCAGAGCUUAGGUGGUGGUACAAACGUCAAGGAGGCCACAUCGCGGUUAUUAGACCAAGUUAUCACCUCGAUCGACCUGGGGUCGUUUUGCGGGAGAGAAAACGAACUGAUUGCUGCAUGUACAAUUCCUUCCCAGUCAGACAAGAAGAAAGAUCGCCGAUCACAGCGAAAAGGGAAAAAGCCAACAGGGUCUAUCGAUUACUUCUCCAAGGUGUAUCUCUAUCUUCCAACAUAUCCUCUCCUCCAACUCGCAGCCAAGUACUCGCGCCGCGUCUACGACAAACCCUCAGGCCGUGAACGGCAUUCUUACGUGGACUCGGAUUGGCUACAAGGUACCAAAGCUAUGGUGGUCAAGUCACUACCAAUCGACGACAUGAACACAAUCGUCUUCGCCAUACGUGGUACGCAGAGUUUCCUGGACUGGGCAGUGAACGUGCGGGCAGCACCAACCUCUCCCAUGGGAUUUCUAGACGAUCCAUCCAAUCACUGUCACUCGGGGUUCUUAUCCGUAGCCCGAAAAAUGGUUGCCCCCGUUGCAGCCCGGCUACGUAGUCUUCUCGAAGAAGAUCCCACUCGCAUGUCCUACUCGCUAGUCUUCACUGGUCACUCCGCAGGCGGUGCAGUCGCCAGCUUACUAUACCUACAUCUCCUAUCCGAGUCUCCAGUCGUGCAAUCCGAACUCAUUCAUCUCCGCGGCUGCUUUAAACACAUCCACUGUGUUACAUUCGGUGCUCCGCCCCUUUCUCUUCGUCCAUUACAACCCUCUCCCACUGCUCGAGGAUCAAAGUCGAUGUUCUUCGCUUUUAUCAACGAAGGUGACCCGGUCUCCCGUGCCGACAAAAGCUACUUUCUCUCGUUGCUAGAUCUGUAUGUUUCGCCUGCUCCGGGGUCACUACUAGCUUUGCACGACAGGAAAAAGAAAUCCGCGCCUAUCUAUUGGAGAACCCCCUCAUCUGAUCUGUCACUCGCUGGCCGGCUUGUUCUUCUUCGUCCGGAAGAUCAACCGAGUGGCCGCCCUGUGUUUGUAGCGCCUCCGGUCCCCGGUGGACCCCCUGCACUGCCACCAAGGGAAAAUGUCGAUGCCUGUGGAAUUACAGACACUGAGCUCCGAGGUGUGGUCUUUGGUGACCCUGUCAUGCAUUUUAUGGACUUGUAUUCCCGUCGCAUCGAUGCCUUGGCUAGAGGGGCCUUGAGCAGGCGAUCAUGA